ACCAGUACACUGCGUAAAAGAUUAAUCAAGCGUAGCCGUAAGAGGAACCCGGAUAUUCAUAUCACAUGAUUCAAAAUCAUAUGACAACAACUCAGUAGACACUCAUACAGGUAGAGCUCAUUCAACACGUAACAAAAGAACAAAGACAACGCACAUAUAGAGUGAAAAAACCAUUGCCUUACCAUGCUUCGACUAUGUAUACUUUUGGUUGCCAUAGCAACUGUAUUUACUGCACCACAGACACAGGACCAGAACUCCAUUAUAAGAUAUUUUGACAUUCAGCCAGCAUCUGUUAAAAUGACCGUGACAGCACCCAAAGGUCAUGUUGUCACAUCAUUUGAACCUUAUGACAAAUCCUGGGAAAAAUUCAAACUUGAACACAGUAAAUCUUAUCAUACAGUUGAAGAAGAAACAUAUCGUAGAACUGUUUUCAAGAAGAAUGCAUUAAAAAUUGAGGAACACAACAAACAAUAUAGUCUUGGUCAGAAGUCUUAUUAUCUUGGAAUAAACCAGUUUGCAGAUUUGGAACACUGGGAGUAUAUGCAACAUCAUGGAUUCCAGGUGAAGAAAACAGUCAACAGAACCAGUACAGGGUCAAAGUUCCUCCCCCCUCUUAAUGCUGUUUUACCAGAGAAUGUAGAUUGGAGAGACAAAGGAUAUGUAACACCAGUCAAAAAUCAGGGACAGUGUGGUUCAUGUUGGUCAUUCAGUACAACUGGUGCCUUGGAAGGACAACAUUUUAGAAAGUCAGGUAAAUUACUUUCUCUCAGUGAGCAGCAAUUGGUUGACUGUUCUGGUGACUAUGGAAACGAAGGUUGUAAUGGUGGUUUAAUGGAUGACGCAUUCAAAUACAUCAAAGCUGUUGGUGGAUUAGAAACUGAAGAUGACUAUCCAUACACAGCUAAGCAACAUAAAUGUGAUUUUGAUGCCAGUGAAACUGUUGCCUCAGAUACAGGAUUUGUUGAUGUAGAAAGUGGAAGUGAAUCUGACCUCAAGAAAGCUUCAGCUUCCGUUGGUCCUAUUUCUGUGGCUAUAGAUGCCAGCCAUCAAUCAUUCCAACUUUACAAAGGAGGUGUAUAUGAUGAAGAAGAAUGCAGUAGUAAACAAUUAGACCAUGGAGUAUUAUGUAUAGGCUAUGGUACUGAUGAUAGUGGAAAUGAUUACUGGCUUGUUAAAAAUAGCUGGGGUGAAACAUGGGGUGACCAAGGAUACGUGAAAAUGACCAGAAAUAAGGAUAACCAGUGCGGUAUAGCUACACAGGCCAGUUAUCCACUUGUUUAAGUUUGGAACUCGAACAGAAAACAGAGGAUCAGUAAAACCAGAAUCUUUCAUAUACUCAACAUCUGUACUAAUUUGUAUGUGAAAAAACUACGUAGAAUUUACCAAGCAUUAUCCAAUAUUUUAAUUGUUAUAAACAUUAUCAGGAAAAACCAUAACUUACAAAAGAAAUAUUUUUCACAAUAUAAAACAAUUUUGAUAUGCAAGUUAAUUUUUUUUACAAAUGUAGAUAUUGUAAAUAGAAUGUCAAACAUUCCAGUGUUAGAGAGUUGACAUAGUUUCAACCUACAAAGUCACAACUGAAGUAGCCAGAUUUUUUGUAUACAUUUUUUACUGCCGACAUAUAUCCAGGUUGAAUUUUUUACAUGAAAAAUAAAACCAUACUAUAUCUUUUUUUGUAUUAAUGGAGUAAUUCUAUUUGGUUGUCAGAAUAUGUUUUUCAUAUUUGAAGACAGUAUUUAAUUGUCACAUUGAAACUGUUUUGUGUUUAUUCAGACAAUCUGUAUUGAUCCUUUAUACAUAAACCGGUGUUAAAUGUGAUAUUAAACGAUUGAUUAACUUGAAUGUGUAUAUGUUAGAUAUACUUGUUUCUGAAUAUUUUAUUAUUUUUUUGAAUUUCUAAAAUUGAUCUGAGAAGGAUAAUUUUGCUUACUUUUUAAAAACUAAAAUCUUAUUCAGAAUUUGUUUCUCCAAUUUUUGUGUGAAUCUCAUUUUUAAGAUCUAAGACUUGAUAUAAAAACUUAACUUGGACAUAAUAUUUGAAACGCACAAUAACAAUAAAUUUGUUUUUGCAUAAACUUUAUAUGAGAGUACUAAAGAGCACUAAAUGUUUAUAAUAAACAAUUCUACAUGUUUAUAAAUGAUGUAAACUUGGAUCUGAAAUCCUACCAGAAGUAUCACUGUCACCUAAAAUCUACAUGAUCUGCUAAGGGAGAUAAUCAGUUACUUUUACUCUAGAUAAGAAAAAUAUUUUGUUUUUUAUUUGAAAAAUUGAUUUAGUAUUAAAUUUUAAUUGUAUUAAUCAAACAAUUUUAAUAUGAAGGAAAUUUAGAAUAGAGAUCAUUCAUAUUGAGUGUCAAUUUAAUUGAAACAUCUGUUAGUUGAUAUUUAUCUUACAAUGUAAGUAUAAAAUGUUUUCUCCUUUAAUAGAGGGAUUUUCUCUUUUCCCAUUCCGAUUUUCAAUCAAAUAUGCAGCUUUGGUUUUGGUUAUGCCUUAAAUUUGUGAUUUUUGUGUUAUUUCAUCUAUGAAUUAUUCAUUAGCAACUCUAUAAAAACAAGAAUCAUUGUAAUUCAUUGAUUUAUUAUAUAAUAUUGGACAAUUUGUUGUCAUUAUCUGAUAUGUGUUAAAUUUUGUAUUUAUGAUAAGAAAUCUCAUAAUAAAUGUUCUUUUUUU